GUGAGAUCGCCUUAUGAGAUAUAGAAGUCUUAAUUUGCCCUAGGCGUGUGUCCUGAAAAACAGAAACAUUGUGUCCCGCCGUCGGGCGAUCUUUUGGAUGGUAUCUCACGCUGUCCUACACAUAGCUUUGCUGACUUUUAAAUAUCUGCCUCGUUUCUGCUGCUAGAUCUGUCGACCUCUGAGUUGAGAACGGAGGGAGGCGGGCCUCAUGAAAGGUAUAGGCGGGACAGGUACUUGAUUGCGCAGCUACCGUUGAAGCUACGAUUUAGUCUAUUCACUGGGUGACAACCUCGACUCACCUGGUGGAAAAAGAUAUCAUCAGACUGGUAGCUUGUUCAGCGGGAAAGUUAUUGAAAUUUGGGUUCGGAUCGUCCGCCCGCAUUCUCUAUGGCGAGAAGCACGAGGUUGAUCCCGCUACGCCCUUCGACUCCUUUGAAAUGAUCAGCAAGGCCAAGUCGUCUUCUGGGUCAUGUCACGGUUCCGAGGCCGGUAUCAUGACCGGAUCGAUCAACGAGACGGACGCCAUUGGAGACAAGGCCUUCUACUGGGGUGACAUGUCUGAUGGCUUCGAUACCACCAUUUUUCAUGACGCUGAAUCAAGCAUCAAGUAUCUUGUUUUCACCAAUACCUGGCCAAAGUCUGUUAAAGAUCGACAAUCCUCGAUCAACUCGAACGGUAACCUUGAGGCAGGAAAUACCAUUCCCGCUACCCGUUGAGCGUGGUUAUGAGUUAGGGAGGUAGGGUCAUUUAGGCCUUCUGGGACGGAUCUUGACGCUUUUAUGUAUUAAUGCAGCUAAACUGAUGAAUCGAUACACACUUCUCUCGCCG